GAUUUUCAUUUUUUUUGUUUAAUAUUUUUCUUAUUAGAAUCACCCUUUUUGACGAAUAGAACAAAAAUAUCCACGCCAACAUGUUCUCUCCGCAUUUUUUGUUUUUCAAAAAUACAUUUUCAACAUUUGACAAGGCGAAAGCAAGAUUAAAUUGACCAAAAGUUGUAGCUAGGAUGUUCCCAACAAUAUAUUGAAUGCUACUUAUGGCAAGAUGGUGCACUUAAGGAUUAAAUUCCGUCUACCAAUUUUUUCAAACGCAACGGUUACACCCGAUGUUAUAUGCAUAAUCUGUUAACCUGCUUAUGUUAACCGGUUAUGUUAUGUGACAGGGAAGAACAAGAAGAAUUUAUAAACCAAAAGAAGAAAGGAUAAAACAUGCGCUGUUUGCAUUCCGGCCCAGUUUAGGUCAUCCCGCUUUCUCGCAUGGGAAAUGGCCAACCAUUGCCCACCAUAUUUAUACAUCUGCCCUGCUUGCUCCACUUACAAGGAUGUGCAAGGAUUUCGUUAAGCAUGUUGUCCAUUUAGUUGGGGUUUGUUGUUUUGGGUUUGGGGCACCACAAGCGAAUUCGUCUUGGCCCCGAUUGUAACAGACGCCCAGUCCAUCCGUUUCCAUCAUUACCAAACUGGGUGUACACAAUAAAAGUAAAUAAAAUCUUAAAUCAAAUGGCUGGAUAAGAAUUAAAAGUUGUAGACUUCUGCCCAAGUUACACAAGCAUCUCCAAGAAAAUAAAAAAAAAAACAAAGGUUUACUUAGGUCAACAAAAUAAUAAUAAUAAUUGUGCGUCCUGCCACUAAAAAGCUCCGCCCUUUUUUGGAAAAAGAGGAAAAAUAGAACAAGGAUUUAGCCUAUGGGGAGGAUGUGUGGCAUGUGCGACGGAAUGUACUUGGGAUGAAAACAAGCAAUAUACAGCAACAACAACAACAAACGAACGUAUAAAACAUUUGUGAUUGUUAAUUAAAGAGUCCUGCAACAGGGAGUAUGAGAACGGACGAUGAUGUGGUAUAUGAUGGCCAGGAUUCUGGACAUGACGAUGUAACCAAGGGUAUUUCCCAAAUGGACUGGCCGUUUCUCAUCAAGGGCAUAUUACAAAGCCAGACAUGUGCGCUCAGCACACCGGAUACCGUGGCCGCUCUCCUUUGGGCCAUAGUGGCCGUCUUCGGGAUUGUCUACGCUCUACUUGGCUAUCGAUGUUUGCGCGCCGUUGGCUUCCUGAGCGGCUUGAUGGUGGGCGCCAAUGGCAUCUUCAUAUUGCAGGACUUUCAGAUCACAUUCCUGGGGAAACCGGCGGACUCGGCAUUGGCCAUAGUUGCCGGACUCUUGGGUGCUGUCCUGGGCUCCACCUAUCCCGUGGCUUCGGUUCUGAUAAGUGCAUUCGCCGGAGCAUUGCUGUCCGGAGCAGCCAUGGCCGUGUGUGUGGCCACAAUGCCGGAUAAUGAAUUUGGGUAUCGUGAGAUAUAUGUGGCUGUGGUUGGUGGUGCCGUCAUCUGUUCGGUGCUGACUCUCUGCUGUGUUAAAUAUGUCACCAUUCUGACAUCCAGCAUCGUGGGCACCGCCAUGAUCCUGUGUGCCAUUGAUUUCUUUAUGCACGGCCUCGAGACAAUUAACUGGAUUUUAAACAUGAGGCCGCAUCCUAUGCCGCCUCCCUGCUAUGGCGGCGUAUUAAUAGCUGCUUGGCCCGUAAUGAUUGUCAUUAGCAUUAUGGUGCAAUGCUUCAUUACGGCCUGGCGGGUGGACCAUCGUAAGCGUCUCUAUAUGCGCCACCAUAAUCAUCACAAUCCAGGACAUCAUCAUUCGGGUCACAUGCCCUCACAUGGCCACAGUCAACAACAGGCUAUGCCUGGCGGCGGUGGCGGCGGAGGAACUGGCAGCGGUUCAAAUGGAGGCGGUCAUGGUGCUCCAAUGAGACGUUCCCAGUCGCGCACACGAGAAACGCGCGAAGAGGCCAGACAGCGAAAGUUUCGGUACUUGUAUCAGGUGCGAACGGCUCGCGGCGACAUUAUCUCUCAGAACUUUGUAUCCGCUCUGCAGAAACGCAUUCAGCUGAGCGGCACAGAAACACCAUCGGAGCGAUCGAUUAAAACCAGUUCGAAUGAACGUAAUACAUUCCGGAGUGAUCGCACCCAUUUCACCACCAUACAUGAUCCCGAUUCCGAGUUGUGCGACAAGAUUGAGAUUGUGCGUGACAUUGGAUAACAAACAAGCAAUAGCUACAUGUAACUAUAUCCGUAAGGGGGGACAACAAAUGCUUAGGUGUAUGGGUGCAUACAUAGGUCGGGGGUAGGGAUUCUAAUUCUGAGAUAUUGUAGAGGGAAGUGGUUAGGGAUUAGUUGGCAAACGGUUACAUGUUCAAGCUAUUAAUUUUGAUAGGCACAAAGUGCCCCACACACAUACACACUCCCACUCACACAGAUAAAUAUAAAACAGAUUGAUUGAUCAAAUA